ACCCAAUAUUACAAUCCCUUCAUUCCCUAACACAACACCCUUACCCUUUAAUACAUGCAAGAUAAGCACAUUCCAAUAGAGUAUGUCAUUCCACUUUUUACUUAGAAAUAACCACUGACCAUGGCCAAAUAUGGUCUCAAAUGGCUCAUGUCAGACCAUAGCUUGGACUCUCCCAAAAGUAUAAAUAGUUUGUAAAAUCAAUCAUGUGGCUUCUUCAAGUUCUCGUCCUCACCACCUUCAGGUGGGGAUUGGACAGCGAUUGCCCCUGCCUAUUGUAGGCGUACACAGAGGGGAGGCUAUAAUCAUCUAUAAUAAAAUACCAUCUUGAACUAUAUAUUAUUAAUUGUUUCGAGUCAUCUAUUGAUAUAUCUUGCUAACACUCAUCAUAACCACGCUACCAACUAUCAACAAUUCGGAGUGUUACACUGGUGGCAGCGUGAAGCGGUAUACGCCAUCCUGCUCGGAAUCUCUUUUUUUGUAUGAAAUGUCAUACGGAUCAUCAACAUCACAGAAAAGCGUGAUUGUUUAUUGGGCUCGGACAUAGACUGUGCUUAUUAUUUGCUGAAGACUUUUCUUUAUUUCUUCAGUUUUUGUCUUCAAUCUACAUCUAUUGGUGUUCUAACAUUCCUGCUAACUGUGCUUGGUGAGAGGAUUACUUCAUCGAAGACCAUUAUUGUCCUGCUACUUGCUACUACAGUAUGUGACUUCCCCUGCAAGCUGGAUGUCUCUACGAUAUUGUGUGAACAACUUGUUGUUGUUUUUAAGUUCUUUGCCUUUUUGAUAUUUUGUUAGGUUGUCCGGAGCCUAACUGUUGCAUCUUUCUCGAGGGAUGCCAAUUCUCAAUCGUCAUAUUUUUCAAAUGUACAUGAUAUUGAUUUGUAUUUUCAUGUGCUAUAGUUCUUUAUUUGAACAUCUAUCGUUCUGUUUUAUACUAAUGUUCUAAUUUUGAUAUGGUCUAUUAGCCCAUAUUAAUUGUAUUUGCCUGUUUACUAUGCUAUACACAGACUUUUGUUUACAUGUGUGAACUUCUUCUGUGUAUUUUGCUAUUUUGCCUUUCUGAUAUUGAUUGUAUGUUUGUUGCUUUUGCUUUUAUUGGACAUGUUGAUGUGUCAUCUCUAUCAUGGGUUGGCACAAUGACACACACAGUGUUUCAAGUCCAUCUCCUUGCCCUCCGCUUUUUGUUACUCUUUACUUUCCAGGUGCUACGUCACCUGUGCCUGCCCUCAUUGACCAUUCACACCCCGUUUCAUUAGUCAAUGAAAAACUUCUGAACAAGUUGCCGUGCUUGCGGGAACUUCACGUUUACCCUCCCGCACAUUCUUCUCCCGUCUAUCCACUGGGUUGUAUAAUCACUGCUUCUCAUUUCCUAGACCCUGCAUUUCCCGUGUCCUGUGAAUUCCACAUUGCUAGUGAUAUCGAGCCACUUGUUAUUUUAGGUAAUGACUAUUUGUCUCGAUUAGCUUCAUUGUAUGAUUUUCACAUAGACAACGUUUCUGGUAUCUCCCUCUCUUCCUUCCUAUAUGACUUUGUAUCUGGUCUCUCCUUUUCUUCUGUUCGUAUUUCUUUUCUUCAUCCCAGCUUAGUAUCCUUUUUAGAUCCUUUCUCUGACUGUCAUCCAUCUAACUGUCAGAAGACUGUUGUUGACAUUCCCGCUGAACAGAUCACAACCUUCCCUGAGCCUUGCUGUAAUACCCCCAUUCUUUCUCCCACUGAUUAUGUUUCCACUGAGAUUAACCCCUCAUUUCUCCCAACUGAUGCCCACCUGCCCAGUGAUACCCCUUCACCGAAGCAUCCUAUCCAUGCCCCUAUGUCCCUCGAUCCAGUUAUAGGGACUGUCCUCUUGACACCUCGUUCGGCAAUUGAGUCUGUAAUCAGAAUCCCAUUGCUAUUUCUCCAGGAUGUUUCGAGGCUUGCCAGAACACCAACUCUCUAUCCACCAUCUCUUGCUUCACGGCUACCCUCCAUCCCCGUAACCCUACAUUCUAAUACCCAUUGCCCUUCCUUACCUCAUGGUCCAGGCCCCCCUUUCAUCCAAUAUUAUAAAGAAAAAGCUACAGCUGGUUAAUGACCCUGAUUUUGUCUUGAUCUUGAUUCGUCUUUAAUUCCAUUACUCCCAUUCAUCGUAUUUAAGUUUAUUACAACUUUGAUUUGGUAACAUUGGCUUUAAACGAUAAUUAGCUGUACAAUCUCUUUUCUUCAGAUAUGUUUAACUUUUAAUACAAUGGUGAAACACAUUGAGAAGUAAUUUGUAAUUUGAAUGACUGGCCAUCAUCUAAAUUAUAUUUGCCUUCAUCUGUUUCUGUUUCUGUUGCAUUCAAUGUAUGUGGACAAAAUUAUGAUUCAUCACCACCCCUCUCUAUUACAACUUACAGCUAUGAUUAUUAUGACUUCCCAGUGACAUUAAAAUAUUUUUACAUUAUCAAAUGUUGAUAUUUUGGGUUGUUCCUUUUAAUUCAUCCAUCUUUUUGUGCAAGAGCAAUAUUUCCUAAAUUGUGUUUUUGCUAGCUUGGUUUACUCUACCUUUACCAUUCUUACAGAGUUUGUUACAAUGAUUAUUGUAGAUAAAUAGUAUUUGCCAUGCCCUUGUAUACACCUGGCAAAUUAUAUCUUGUUAUUGUCAUUUCAACAUGUUGGCAUAAUUUCUUUACAACAUGGUUAGAACCGCACUUUUCCCCAAAUUUGAUUAGAAAUUUCAUGCAGCAUUAUCAGCCUGUGUUUUACAUGAAAUUAUGAUAUGUGAAUGUAUCAUUAAUUUUGGUAGUUGGCUUAAAGCAGGAAAUAAUUCAUGUUCUACAAAGUCAUUUUGAACAUAUUUUCGGCUAUUCGAUAGCUAUUUAGCUACAUU